AAACGUGGUCCAUUUUCGGUGAAACUAACAAAAAGGGUGAAACUAACCCAAAAGCGUGAAACUACUAGUAGUCCCAUUUCAGGACCUUGCUGUUCAUCAUGCGUUUUGGUGGACUCUUUUAGCUACGGUAGCUAUGUAACCGUACAAGAUGUCUUUCUUGAGUUUUGUUCCAUGUGACAACGACGGUACAUGUACCGUAGCGGAACGAUAUCGAAACCGGAAUGUUCGCACCCCUAUCGUACCGGCACGGUACGGUACGGUACCUACCGCUACCUCCACCGGCCGUUUGUACAGAGUGACCACGAGCGAAACGGUGAAGCGCAGUCCUCUCAACAUGUGGUUCUCAACAGUCCAAUCCCACGAUUUGUUAGUCUGUAGGCUCAACUAGGUUCCCAGCAGUACUAUUUGGCAUUCAUCUACAUUGCACGCUGUAUGAAUGAUUCAAUCCGUAUGGUGCCGGCGAACACUUUGCUUGGUUACACGUAGCGUGCAAGACUUGAGUUAGUGCGGAAGUGGGAGACUCACUCCACGUUGGAAGAUUUCCGACUUCGAGCUGUUCGAAAGCGAAGAGGCCACAUCGAAUCAAGCCCAUUUCGUUGAUCACAAGAACCAACCAACCGAAGGACUGUAUCGCUUAACAAGAAUCUGUUCGACGACAAUGCUGAAUACGUUCGAAAAUGCCGCUCGGCAGCAUGAGCGACGCGUCUUGCGAGAGAGACACAUGAAUAUCUUGGACACCAUUGCCGACAGCGACCACACCGUGACAUUCCAGAUGCCAUUGGAAGCAGACGAAAAUUUAAUGAUGGCGGCUGCGGCUGCUGAUGCUUUGUCUGGCGUGCCCUUGGCACAACGCAAGAGUGUCGAGUCCCCUUACUCUGAUCGUCCAACUCGAAGCCAAUGGUGGAGGAACAACAAGGUUACGACGGCCGUGGUUGCAAUUGUCCUCCUGGUGAUUAUCUUGAGUUUUUCCCUUGGAGUCGACGUUGGUGAGGAGGAAGCGGAACAAACGCAAACACGAGAUCAGGAUAUCGAGGUGAUUGACGACCAAACCCCCAACGACGGUGUCGCUAGUGCUGCCGGUCUUGAGCGCUUCAACCACUUCUUCAAUCUGAUCCUAGAUUGGGGCACACCACGAGAAACGUUGGAAGAUGUGUCUAGUGCGUCGGGUCGUGCUCUGCAUUGGCUUUCGUACGAGGAUGGGAUGCUGCUCAAAAACUACAAGACAGUUUCAGUGGAGACUAUCCGGACUAGAUAUGUGCUUGCAACUGUGUUCUUCAGCACACACAACAGCACUUUGUGGGGCGAAUCAAUCGUCUAUUCAUCUUGGGACGACACAGCAUUCUGGCUGUCCGCUUCGCCUGUUUGCAACUGGUACGGCGUCGAUUGCCUUGACGAGGACGAGUUUGGCAGCGCCUCCAGGGGUUUGGUGAAGAGUCUGAACCUGUCCUCGAAUGGGUUAGAAGGGACUCUUCCUGACGAGCUUGGUCUCCUAGAGCUUGAGAUUCGAGAACUGGAUGUUUCGGACAAUGAUAUUGGAGGAACAAUCCCCGAAGCACUAGCAGGCCUCAAGAAUCUGAACCAGCUUUAUCUAGGACCAAACGAUUUCGAGUCAACCAUCCCAGAGGAGUUGUACCAGCUUCCUCACUUGACACAUUUUUACGUCAACGACUGCAUGCUGACGGGCCGGAUUCCUGCGGCGAUUGGAAGCUUGACCCAAAUACAGGGAUUGGGGCUACACAACAAUGAACUCACUGGUUCUAUUCCCGACGAAAUCGAAGGACUGAAAAGCAUCCAGGUACUCUACCUGGAUGGCAACAAGCUUACAUCAACAAUCCCUGCAUCAAUCGGGCAGCUCACUACCAUGGCCGACCUGCGUUUGCGGCGGAAUCAGCUGACUGGUAAACUGCCAACAGGAAUUGAAAACCUUGAAAAGCUCCAGAUCCUGUACCUUGACAACAAUGCCCUUUCAGGACCCCUCCCAUCCCUUGGAUCCUUCUCUUUUCUCCGCGACCUACAACUUUACGCAAAUCGAUUCACUGGAACAAUUCCGGACUCCAUUGGAGCAUGUCCCUUACUGACCGUUCUGUACAUGGAUGGGAACCAGCUGACUGGGAAGCUGCCUGACACAAUUGGAUCACUGACACAGCUGGAGAGUAUGUAUCUUUUCGGAAAUCGGUUGGAAGAUUUCUUGCCCGAAACGAUGAGAGAAAUGAUGUCCUUAGAGCAUUUUCGAGCACAGGAAAACCUACUGUCUGGUCCAAUUCCAGACCUCUCCGCGCUGACAAAGCUACAGACUCUGUUUCUCAACAACAAUACGAUGGGAGGUUCUAUUCCCAGCUCUCUUUCGAGUCUCAUUGAGUUGAGGAGUGUUACUUUGCACGGCAAUCGAUUCUUGGGCUUGCUGCCACCAGCACUUUGUUCGCUGCAGUAUAUUACCGAGUUGAGCUCCGACUGCGCUGGGGAUGAUCCUCGGGUCCAAUGCAAUUGUUGCACAUCUUGCUACGAGGACUGAGCCUGAGUAGGCAUUCGCUUGGAUGCAAAAACAGAUUCACCUAUUCAAGUAUUGGUAUCAAGUGCUGUGGUGGAUCCAAAGAUCACUCUUGCUGUUGGCAUCUCAAUUUCAGGAUGGAGUGCCACUGACGAACGUGCUAUGGCUUGGAUGUGCAACCCAAAGAUUCACCUAUUCGUAUUAUUUGCCGUGGUGGAUCCAAAGAUCACUUUCAAGGGAAACUGGAUUCAGUAGAAGAACCUGUAUUGCCAAGAUUAUGUCUGUGUUUGCCACCGUUUCGGCAGUAGCCGUAGUUGUAGUCUCGUCGUCGGCAAGCUGGAUCAGGU